UCGGGGCCAGAAGGUAGUUGAAACUCGUGAGACCAAUUCGAAUCCGUGAUUGCCCGAGUGCAGCGCAUCAGUCCGUGCGCAGGGCAGAAGAGCAAUUUACGGAAAGGCGAAACAAACAACAAACGACGGAACUUUAACCGAGCCAAGAACGGAGAACACAGCCUUUGUGGAUCCUUCAACAGGUCCCAUGUGAAUGGAAGACAGCAUGUCGGAUGGAUGUCGAGCUCAAGCCUGUCCUGCCCUUCCAAAUUCAUUAUUAUCAAUUCAUCAAGUCAUCAAGUCAUCAAGUCAUCAAGUCCAGCACACGCUGCGAACCCAAUGCCCCUUGCACUCCGGAGCUUGCACGUGUUGCCACCGAUUACUGUACCCGACUACUACAGUAAGAGAGAGGGAGGUGGUGAAACGCAGGCAGGCGAAGUUGUGAAUCUUCUGAAAUGGAGUUGAAAUUGCUGUGCAAGCUCAUGCUGGGACUAGUAGCAGUGAUCGCACUCGGUCUAGUAGGUGGUGCAAGUGCUGAGGUACACAAUAAAACCCUCGACUUCAGCCUACUGGACCCUAACUACCCUUGCUAUUCGCAAAUUCUGCUAGUGGUACUGUCCUGCAGCAACGAUCCCAACCGCACUGAAGACUGCUCCAGGGUGUGCAGCACCACUUCGGCUGCACUGCUCAAUUGCACUGUGGGCAGAGCCGACGACGUGACCCUCCAAGUACUAUCCUCCGAGCCCUACUUACAGAUUUGUGCCCCUGGCGCAAUUAAUAACCCUUCUGCUUUGGGCGACGUGGCCCCACAGAACCACCCUUGCAUUGCACCCAUUCUGCAAGCGGUGGCUGCCUGUUCUGAUCAGCUCAACGCCACCGAACAAUGCUCCACCGGCUGCAGUGCCGCUGCAACUGCGGUGCUGGCCUGCGUCGCUGACAAGAGCGACGACAUGAGCCUGGCAGUUCAAUCUCAGCAACGAAUACAGCUUUGUGGUGCUGGAGCAUACAAUGCUCCUGGGCCGCCGCCUGCUGACAAUGUCAUUUCUGUGCCGCCGCCUCCUGACAGCAAUGCUUUUUUUGUGCCGCCUCCGCCUCCGCCUCCGCCGCCGCCCGCGGACGAUGGUUCUGGCGGGCCCCAAAUGCCACCUGACUACCCUUGCAGAUCGCAAGUCCUGACUGCAGAUUAUGCGUGUGCUAAUGAGCCCAACAAGACCGAAGACUGCUCCGAGGAGUGCAAAGCUGCCUCGCCUGUGCUUAGUGAUUGCAUACGUGGCAGAACGGACGUCUUCAGCGACAAUCUAUCGACCUGGACAGUGUUAGACGUUUGUGGUAACGGAGCAAUCAAGGGCUGGGAUGCGACGCUGUGGAAACAGGUCUCCAAUCACACUUGCAAUGCCAGCAUUCUGGGAGUAAGUCCUGUAUGUCGAGACAUCGCAAGGAGUGAAAAUUGCACAAGCGAGUGCAAGACUGCAUCCAGACAAGCGCUGGCAUGUGUUAAGAACAAAAAGGACGAAGUGAGCACCAAAGUACGAUCGGAGGAAAUGUUUCUGCGAUGUAGUGCGGCGGCUUCAGCGGUUUGGCUCAGUGCCAGCACAAUAAGUAUUGCUGCCCUCAUUCUCAUCGUUGAUUUGCUUCUCCGCUUGUCUUAGACAUGCCAGCUCCAAUUCUCCCUUAGUAGUAGUACAAAGGGAGGGAAAAAAAAAAGAAAAAAAAAAGAAAACAGAGAGAACCUGGUCCAGCGGAGAGCUAGAUUCACAAUACUUCUUCGUAUUCGUUGAUUUUCGGCUAGUUCAAGCUGCUCACAGCACUGCAGCCUUUACCAC